UGAACUAUUUAAAAGUUUAUUUAAAGUUAGUCCAUGAUUUCUAAAAAUGUGACGUGAACCUGCAUCCUGACGUUAAAUAAAUCCUGCAGUCCGUGAACGCAGCAGGGAUAAGCCACGCCCCUCCCGGUGACCGGCGGCAGUAGUGGUGCGUUCACGGACUUUUUCUUUGAGAGUUUGAAAAGUUGUCAACAGAGAAAGAAAAGACGGAGAAGAAAGAGGAGACGAAGCAGAGUCUGCGCGGCUUCACACGGACUGAGGAGGUGGAGGAGGAGGAGGAGGAGGAUGGGCUGCAGCCACAGUCAAGCGAAGAAGAAAAGCAAAGGCAAGAAAGGAGAGAAGAGCCAGAAAGACAAGAGCAGCCGAGAUGACGGAGGUAAAGGGGCGUCGGCAGAGCAGGCAGAUGUUUGUCUGGAGAAGCAGCUGGAACGCUUUGAGUGGCAGCUGAGGAUUUUAAAGGAGGUGCUCUCGGCCAAUGGGAACCCGGAGAGGGCGGAGCUUCUCAAAGACCACGCCGACGAAGACGUGUGCACCCUCGUCCUGGGCAUCCUCGACAAGGUGAAAACGGAGACGACGGCCGAUUUAAACGUUCUGCACGAACACAGAAGUCAGACUGUGACCGAGGAACACGAGAGACACGUGGACGGUAACGCGCACGCACACACACACACACACACACGCACACACACACACACACUGAAUGAGUCUAUGUUUUCUAUAAUUAGCCUGUUAGCUCAGCGCUAACAGGCUAAUUAUAGUGGAGCUGAUGAAACAGAUUUAGUGAACGACAGAUAACUAGUGUUCAGUUAUUGACUGUUACAAACAUGUAGAGUUUGUAACAGUUUGAACAUGAACACAUGAACGUUAUAUGAACACAUGAACUUUAUAUGAACACAUGAAUGUUAUAUGAACACAUGAACGUGAUGAACUUUAUAUGAGCACAUGAACUUUAUA